UAAUUAUUGCAAUUUCUUCAGCAGGAUAUCUUAUCCAUGAAGAUGAUUAAUAGUUAACACGCGAUGGCUAACAACAAAAACAGAGUUCCUUCAUUGCGACUGCAGCCUCUUUCAGUCGAUUUCAUUGAUGAUCGAUUAUCUCAGUACCAUCCAGCUUUUAAGAAUCCCUCUUCUCAUUUCGAUCCAGUAAGCGGCAAAUUCUAUGUCGAUAAAGUCUAUAUCCAAUCCAUGUCAACACCCGGUAAUCUUGGCCUUCCAGUGCUCAUGGCAAGCAAUCAAUCAAAAAACGUUGGGAAAAUAGACCCUCAGCGUAGUAUGUUGCAGCAAGACUUGUUUCCAGAAAUGAUGAAGAGUUUCAAAAAUGAAUACGACAAAGAACCCAAGGGGAGAUGCUACAUAAAAUACACCAACCGAAGCCAAAUGGAUUGGGAUGGAGUACUGCGAAUACUCAUUGUAGCUCAAGAUGCCAGAGGUGAUGCUCAACCCGGAGCCGCAGGAAAAGUAAAGAAAUUCGCGGGGAAACUAAAUGCGCACUCUACCAAAGUCAAGAAACUUGUCCCUUUAAUCCGAAGCAAUACUUAUACAUCGCCCGUGAUCAUUGUAUUGAACGUGAUAUUUGAUGCUAUGAAAGCGUCCAACACUGUUCGAGAAGAGCUCUUGAAAUCAUUGGAUAGCUUCCGAGACUCUUUUGAGGGUAUUGAGACUUAUUUUUCGAUAUACUAUGGAUUCCCGGAAGUAUCGAGGGCAGCUAUAUCCUUAGGAGUUGCUAUCUUGAAAGCAAUUGAAGAGGUGGUUGGUUACUAUCUCCAACACACAGCAUUUAAAGCAUCGGAGGCACUUUGGAAUGGCGAAGAUUACAAAAAGUCAAUCACACUGAGUCUCAAAGAUAUUACCACGCAUGGAGAGCAUCUUCAUCGUGAAGCCGAAAAGGCCAAUUUCAAGGAAAAUCACGAGACACACACUGGCGUGAUUGAUGCAAACAUUGGUAUCCAACAAGUUCACGAUGAAGUCUCCGAACUACCUACAAUACUGAAGGAAAUGUUCCUAGACUUCGAAUAUAAUCUCCAACGAAGGUAUGCCCAGGAAGAAGCUUUGAGAUACGAAAACAUGUAUCUCCGAGUAGAGAACAAUUUCUUUCGUGCCAUCACACCACCUCCUCAACAAGGGCUGCCAUUGCCCCAAGAGCCCCAUAUUUCCCAGGGUGACUUGCAAAGGCUGAUCGAUAUACCACCGAUGAGUGGCGUGUCAGAAAGCUAUAUUGAACAAACCAACCAAGAUCUAGCGCACGCCAUCAGAUCUAAGCAGCGGUUUGAACUAGCAGGCCAGGAGCUGCCCGAACUUAUCACACAAUCUUCACAGUUUAGACAAUGGCUGGUCAACCCAGUGUCUAGAGAGCUUCUUAUCCAUGGGAAUGGAUCGUCCGAGCCAACAUCUCCUCUCACUUUUUUCUGCUCCCUGUUAAUCAAGAAUCUGAUCAAUAUGGACCACUUCCGUACCGUCUUUUUCUUCUGCGGAUCUCAUACACGAUCAUACGACCCCUACUCCGGAGGCAUUUCAAUGAUCAAGAGCUUUCUCGCGCAAUUACUUUCACAGAGCCAGUUCGAUUUGAAAUUCCUAAGUCUUGAUGACAUCGAGCAGAUUAGGGCAAACAAUCUUGAUGCGCUUCGAUGGCUUUUCAAGACUCUAGUGCAACAUUUGGGCAGAGAAGUAACCUUUUUCUGUAUCAUUGAAGGCAUCGAUUUUUACUGUGAUCCUCGUGGCCCACAUUUCAAAGAUAUGGAAUUGGUGGUGGAUUCUUGUUUAGAGCUUCGAGAGGCGACCGAUAUGCGAGCGACCUUCAAGCUGCUCAUAUCUUGCUCUUCAAGUACGGAGCUAAGUAAAUUUAUAAAGGGUGAUUGUUUUUUGAAUUUGACUCCAGAAGAAAGAACAGGUAUCGAAUUCAGCUCAUCACGAUUUGAAAGAGAAUUUGGCAAUGAAUUUUCAGAAAGAUUUUAUUGAGGUUCUGAGGUUACAAACGCUAUACGCCACUAGCUCUAGAUCAUCUCGUGUUUUGUCUCAUCGAAACCUUCACGUCCUAGUCGGCUUUUAUUAACGCCGACUGGUGCCCAGUUAGUGAAAGCGAGUGUCGUAAGCGACUAUUCCGUAACAUGUUAAAGUCCAUGAGGAGUUCGGAGCUGAGCUAAUAAUUUUUAUGUCCUUGCGACCGACGCGACCGAGUUAUCGGAGGUAUAUAAGUCAUGUGACUUACCGAAGACGUGAGAAGUGAUCAUUUAGUUAGAUGACUCGAUUACAGUCAUAUUUAGUCUUCUUUUGAUUAUGAUGUGAUGGCGAUUUAAGUAUGGGAAUAUGAAUGGCCGAGGGCACAGGAAUGGGAGAUGGCGAUGUUCUAGGAUGUUGAAGCACGUGAACAAUGUCAUUAGUGCGCUGAGACUACCUAGAUGAAGCUUCGAACAUACCUAAGUAGCGGCCGAAACAUCUCGAACC